GGUGGCAAUCAGAGCGGCCACGGCUGCUUCGCUCGCUCUGGCCCGGAGCUGCAGCCGUGGUCCUGUUGCGCUGUCGACGCUGCAGCCGCCGCCUGGGUCUCAGUUGGCAGUGUUUCUGCGUGCCGGCUGCCUCCCAGCUCUGGGAGCAGACACCAUGUACGGAUUUGUCAAUCACGCGCUGGAGCUGCUGGUGAUUCGCAAUUAUGGCCCUGAGGUGUGGGAAGAUGUCAAAAAAGAGGCACAGUUAGAUGAAGAAGGCCAGUUUCUUGUCAGAAUAAUCUACGAUGAUUCAAAAACAUAUGACUUGGUUGCCGCGGCAAGCAAAGUUCUCAAUCUCAAUGCUGGAGAGAUUCUUCAAAUGUUUGGAAAAAUGUUCUUUGUUUUUUGCCAAGAAUCUGGUUAUGAUACUAUCUUGCGUGUUCUGGGAUCUAAUGUCAGAGAAUUUCUUCAGAACCUCGAUGCUCUGCAUGAUCACCUCGCUACUAUCUACCCGGGCAUGCGUGCACCUUCCUUUAGGUGCACCGAUGCAGAGAAGGGCAAAGGGCUCAUUCUGCACUACUACUCGGAGAGAGAAGGCCUUCAGGACAUUGUCAUUGGCAUCAUCAAAACGGUAGCACAGCAAAUACACGGCACAGAAAUAGACAUGAAGGUUAUUCAGCAAAGAAAUGAAGAAUGUGACCAUACUCAAUUUUUGAUUGAAGAGAAAGAAUCCAAAGAAGAGGACUUCUAUGAAGAUCUUGACAGAUUUGAAGAAAAUGGUACCCAGGAAUCACGCAUCAGCCCAUAUACUUUCUGCAAAGCUUUUCCUUUUCACAUCAUAUUUGACCAGGACCUAGUGGUCACUCAGUGUGGUAAUGCCAUCUACAGAGUGCUCCCCCAGCUCCAGCCUGGGAACUGCAGCCUUCUCUCUGUCUUCUCCUUGGUCCGUCCCCACAUUGACAUUAGUUUCCAUGGGAUCCUGUCACACAUCAAUACAGUCUUUGUACUGAGAAGCAAGGAAGGAUUGUUGGAUGUGGAAAAACUAGAAUGUGAGGAUGAACUCACUGGGACUGAGAUCAGCUGUUUACGCCUCAAGGGUCAAAUGAUCUACUUACCUGAAGCAGACAGCAUACUUUUCCUGUGCUCACCAAGUGUUAUGAAUCUGGACGACUUGACAAGGAGAGGACUGUAUCUCAGUGAUAUCCCGCUGCAUGACGCCACACGCGAUCUCGUUCUCUUGGGAGAACAGUUCAGAGAGGAGUAUAAACUCACCCAAGAACUGGAAAUCCUCACAGACAGGCUGCAGCUUACACUCAGAGCCCUGGAAGAUGAAAAGAAAAAGACAGACACGUUGCUGUAUUCUGUCCUUCCUCCUUCUGUCGCCAAUGAACUGAGACACAAGCGUCCAGUGCCUGCCAAAAGAUAUGACAACGUGACCAUCCUCUUCAGUGGCAUUGUGGGCUUCAAUGCUUUCUGUAGCAAACACGCCUCUGGAGAAGGAGCCAUGAAGAUCGUCAACCUUCUCAAUGACCUCUACACUAGAUUUGACACGCUGACAGACUCCCGGAAGAAUCCCUUUGUUUAUAAGGUGGAGACGGUAGGUGACAAGUAUAUGACAGUGAGCGGUUUGCCAGAGCCCUGUAUCCACCAUGCACGAUCCAUCUGCCACCUUGCCUUAGACAUGAUGGAAAUCGCUGGCCAGGUUCAAGUUGAUGGUGAAUCUGUUCAGAUAACAAUAGGAAUCCACACUGGAGAGGUAGUUACAGGUGUCAUUGGACAGAGAAUGCCUCGAUAUUGUCUUUUUGGAAAUACUGUCAACCUCACAAGCAGAACAGAAACCACCGGAGAAAAGGGGAAAAUAAAUGUGUCAGAAUAUACCUACAGAUGUCUCAUGACACCUGAAAAUUCAGACCCUCAAUUCCAUCUGGAACAUCGAGGUCCUGUGUCCAUGAAGGGCAAAAAGGAACCAAUGCAAGUUUGGUUUCUAUCCAGAAAAAACACAGAAACAGAGGAAACUGAGCAGGAAGGUAACUGAGCCUUGGAUGUUGGGGUGAAGAGGACUACAGACUAGGUUCGAACAGUCUCCCAACACAUGCCAAGCCCAGGAGCAAUUAUUCACUCUGGAUUGUGUUUUGCUUUGUCCUUUUAUCUCAGUUAUCCCCGACCUUUCCCCUUUGUUUAUCUUCCACUGUUCAUUAUUCAAUGUCAAUUCUGCAUUGGAUUAUUUUUGAGGUUUAGAAUAUACUCAGAAGUUUGCUUUAGAUGGGGAUGAUGUGAGCUUCACGUGUCUUAAAAUCUACUACGAGCAGUGCCAAACUGGUAACUUGCAAGUAGUGGGAACCCAAUAAAUAUUUGUUGAACUUAAUGAAAUGAAACUUGAACAGUCUUGGCCAUGUGUAUAUAUGCCAUGAUUUGCCAAGUCUGUUUAGUGCCACAUACAUAUUUAUAUAUGUAUAUGUAUAUUUUAAUGACUAAAACAUAUAACAAAGUUUAUAUCGUGUUGGUGUAUAUCAUUAUAGAAAUCAUUUUCUAAAGGAGUGAAUUCUAAGUUUUUUUUUUUUUUUUUUUGCUUUGGGGGGUGUUGUUCUCAAGUUUUCCAAAUAAGAAAGUAGUGAUUAUUUUAAAGCACGCUAAUUGCCCUUCAGAAAUACGGAAUACACACUUCGGUUACUUGGUUGUUCAUUCAGAUCACAUGGCAACUAUAACUCCUUCAAACUGCUAGCAUUCUAGUUUCCUUCUUAUAUGAAAAUCUCAGUAACCACCUGCUGUUAGAGGAAGCCACAUUGUUUCCCAAUGAGCUGCUGCAUUACUUUGGGAUAAGUGUGAGGGGCUCUGUUCCCAAUGAGCUGCUGCAUUAGUUUGGGAUAAGUGUGAGGGGCUCUGUUCAUAUUCAAGAAUGGAAGAACUACUGGAAUGUUCCUGUUAGAGCUGGUCCCAAUUUUUCAAUCCCAGAAGUCAGCAGCUUUUUCAUAGCAUAGACGAAUGUGAUUCUGUCUUUGAUAUCCCAUCCAGAAAAGUUCAAGUUUGACAUAGAAUACAUUCCUCUUGGGAUAAUUGGCCUGUUGUCCUUAAAUGUCUCUGAUAAUUUAUUAAUACCUAUCUUUCUAAAAUACAGUGCAAUUAUUUUUUGUUUAAAAAAUGUCUUUAUAUUUAGUAUUUCAUAUCAGCACAUCAAUAUAUGUAUAAAUGUUCCGUGUUCAUGUGUAAAAGAAUCUACAAUAAAUUAUUUUUUUCACUC